AUGGACUUCGCGCGGAAGAUCGGCAAGCCCGCCGACAAGCCGCCUGCCUGGAAGAAGAGUCGCAUACCGAUCGUGACGGCCACGGAUAACCUCGUGCGCGAUGACGAGCCCCUUUUGGAAGACCGCCGCCUGGCGAACUGGCGGAAGUGGUUGACGGACCGGAAGAAACUGAGCCGACGCAUCGAACGAGUCACUGGCCGCUCUCAGGCCGAUCAGCUGCACAGCUCCUCGGAGAGAUAUCGCUCGCGCGUCGAGACGAAGGAGCUGAUGGAACACGCGGCCAUCCCGGUACCCGUGAUCCCCGACAAGUACCGCGGUGGGCCGGAAUUCUGGAGGACAGCCGAGUUGCUGCCGGAUCGCGACGACGCUUCCCUGCCUGAAGUGUCGUUGACGCUUACGAGGAGGCAGCUGAACCUGCCUCCCGACUUAAUGCGCGUAGGCUUACCAGACUUGACAGCGAAGGAGCGAGGUCUCGUGAGAUCCAAGCCAGAGCUCUGGAGGCGUAGCGAGUACCUGAAGACGCGGCAGCUCGAGCUGACCGAAGAGAUCGCACUGCUGCUCCCCAAAGAGCCGGAAACCGCGGCGUUGGCCGUCAAAGGACAGAUGUUGCGGAAGAAGAAGCAGAAGAAGAAGAAGCCGCCACCACGAAUCCCGCCGAUAUCCAUCACGAGACCCGACGAAGAGGAGGAGUCAUGCGGGGACAUCGAGCAGACGAUAGCUCUGAAGAUCCAAGGUCGGGAAUUCCUCUGGCGGAGACCCGCCAAGGUAGAAGCGACUGACGCCGAGACUAUUACGUGGUCCCUAACUUUCGAGGGCAAGCUCGACCAGAUGGUCGAGAAGGAGAUCGUCCUCGAGAACAGAGGAACCCGCGUUAUCUUGUAUCACUGGCGAGACUCGUCGUUGCGAUUGACCGGCGCGUCUACCCGACGUCGUGGCAGCUCGUUCUUCUUCAACAAGACGAAGGACCUCGUGCUUCCCGGACAGCUCGCGAGGAUCAAGGUGUGGUAUAAACCUCGCGCCCACGGGAUCUCCAGCGAGAACUGGCGGCUCGUCACAGAGCCGAGUCUGAGCACCUCGGCGUUCGUGUUUCGUCUCUGGGGUUGCGCGAUCGACACCCGAGGGUCGUCGGCUGAUCGAGCGAUCGAUGAGCACUUGGCUCGCUGUGUCCGCGAUUCAGUCGUACGCUCCGUCGUCGAGGAGGUCGUGGCCGGCGUGGAACACGGCCGCAGGCCGGUCGAGCCGCCUUAUCAAGCACUCUUUUUGGACAGCGACUUGUUCCGCUGUCUGAAUCCCUGUUACUUCUAUCACCCGAGCGUCGUGACGCAGCUGCGUGAGAUGUACGGCGACGUCGCCGGGGAGGACGCGCCACCCUGGGACCUGUCGCUGAACACCUUGCGGGGUGCUCUUCUGCAGGUCGGAGAGACGAACCGCAGGCGAGACGCGCUCGCUCGGUUCUACGAGCUCUGCAAACAGUGUCUCAGGUCCACUUUGUACGACGUCGAUUGGAACGAUUGGAAGAGCGACGCCGUGUACGCCGUUCUGUGUGCUUUCGCGAAUCUCUUUGAAGCUGAGAGCGAUUUCGUGAAGAGCCACAGCUUCGUGAGAGCGGAGCAGCCCGCAGCCUCGCCGGAAGUGGGUCGAGAUCCACAAAGCCCGAUACUGUCCCCGCGAGAGUCCAGUGAUAGCUCGCAAAGAAUGCACGGCGCAACGGCGAUCGAGCAACCGCAGAAUACACAAGCACAAAGCGAACGGGGAACUUUGACCUUAAAUCUUCAGCUGUACGAAGACGUAUUCUUCAUUCGCGUGUAUAAAGCUUUGGAAGAAGCGAUAGAACGAGCUUGCGCCAUUAUCGACUCGUUCAACAGACUCUACCAGCCGGAAAAGUAA